AUGAACUCGUAUCAUGUUUUGGAGCUUGUGGGAGAGGGCUCGUUUGGUCGAGUUUACAAGGGAAGGAAAAGAUUUACCGGCCAGGUGGUGGCUCUUAAGUUCAUGCCGAAGGUGGGUCGCUCUGAAAAGGAGCUCCGGAGUCUCAAGCGGGAGAUAGAGAUUAUGAGAGAUCUUCAACAUCCUAAUAUUGUUCAACUCUUUGACAGCUUUGAGACUGAGACUGAGGUUGUGGUUGUAACAGAGUACGCAGAGGGUCAGUUGUUCCAGAUUCUUGAGGAUGAUGGGCAUUUACCAGAGAGCCAGGUCCGUGAGAUCGCCUGCCAGCUGGUCUCAGCCCUGUAUUAUUUACACUCCCAUCGCAUUCUUCAUCGUGACAUGAAACCACAAAAUAUUCUGUUGGGGAAAAGUGGAGUGGUGAAACUGUGUGACUUUGGGUUUGCCAGAGCCAUGAGCGUCUCCACCUUGGUGCUGACUUCUAUCAAGGGAACACCGCUUUACAUGUCCCCUGAGCUGGUGGAGGAGAAGCCGUAUGACCACACUGCUGAUCUCUGGUCUCUGGGAUGCAUACUCUAUGAACUCCACACGGGGGCGCCUCCGUUCUACACUAACUCCAUCUUCCACCUGGUGCAGCUUAUCGUGAGGGACCAUGUCAAAUGGCCAGACACCAUGAGCGACUCCUGCACGAAUUUCCUGAAAGGUUUGCUGACCAAAGACCCUCAGAAGAGGUUGUCGUGGCCAGACCUCCUGCACCAUCCCUUUGUUGCUGAUGGUGUUUUAGUGCUGUCAGACACAGGCCUUUUCAGCCCUCUGACAGUCACACCCAGCCCAGACAUGAUGGCACUGAAACUUCAGCAAGUGGCAGAAAAGACGGUGCAGACUCCUGGAGGGAGCAGAUUGUUGCGAAAGGCCAGGGAACAGACGAACAGUAACAGAGGGAAACCAGUCGGCAGCGACAGCGCGAAAAAAAAGGAUGGAGUGGGAAAUGAAAGGGCCAACUCUGCAACGGCAGCAGCAUCCCUGAGAGCCAAGCCUCGCUCUGCUGAUGUCUCUGUUACCUCGGGUCAAUCAGUCAUGACAGCUGCCAGUCAAAGCAUCCAGAAUCAAGCUGGCGUAAAAGCCAAACACAGGGGUCAGAUCAGCAGGGACUAUGAACAGGAGUUCCCCUCUGUAGAGGUCGGACCGCGACUAGUGCAGAGAUGCAAUGAGGACAAUCAGACCGCACUGCAAAAGCAGGAUGUUGACAGUGAGGAUUACUGGGAGAAACUGGCCGAAGAUUCAGAUCCAAGCGGGCAACAGAAAGAACAAUUUAACCACAGUGCCGUAAUAUCUCAACUUAAAUCCAAGAUCCUGGCAUUUAAAACUCUGUUAUCAGGUGGCGUUGUUACAGAAAUGUGGCAGAUUCACCUACCUCUGAGGGUCAUAAGCAACCUGAUUCUGAUCUCUGACCACGAGAAGUCAAACCAAAUUGGUCAUGAACUUGGACUACCCCAUGUCCUCUUUGAUGCUGUCUGUGAUGCUGUAGAAAACUCAGAUUCCAUCAAGCCAUGGCGUGUGCAAACACUUGCAGAAAUGAUUGUUGUGCUCAUGGUCUACUGGGAGAAACACUGUCACUCUGUGGAAGAAGAACACAGACUGGAAGAGUUCACCAAACCUUUUGUCACAAUACUCAGUCAAGCAGACCUCAUUCCUUUGGCACCUCUGGCUGCCUCUCUCUUGUCUCUGUUAACACAACAUGAUGUUGAUGUUCAUGUCGACGUCAACAAUCUAAUCUCCUUGCUGAAAAACCUGCGUUUGGACUCACACGAGCCCCAACUCCCUCUUCCUCCUGGCUGGGGACUCUGUGACGGCCUCCUGUCUUUGCUCCACGACACACUCUCUGAGCAUGAAAACAGCUCCGGAUCCUCAUGUUUGGAUCCCGUAAUGUUUCUGGAUCUAUGGAAAAAAAUUGGCACUUCACUGGCAAAGACAUCACCAGACUUUUGUUCAGAAAAUGGGCUGCAUUCCUUUCUGUCUACUGCGCUGUUUAUCUUCACCAAGGAUCCAUAUUCGUGCAUUCCUCUGUUUUCUGACCCUGAAUCAAAAUGUGUUUCCACUCUCGGCCAGCUGCUGGGCACUGACUGUCUUCCUUUGUUUGCUGAAAGCAGUCCUGGGAGACUUGAGGUGGAUGUGAGUUAUGACAGUCUGUCCGUGUUGAGCUGCCACUUGUUGUGCUUUCCGUUUGCCCUGGACCUGCCUGCACACACCAUGUCCACGAUUUUACACUUGUAUGACAGUUGUGGUAUUGCUGCGAGCCUCCUGCAGGUAAUUCAAACUACCCCCCCUCUGCUGUUAGAGCUACCUCUCUCCCUGCUGAGCCGUUUGCUCCUGUGUGACCCUGCGCGCUCUGUUUCCCGCCUCGCAAAAGCUGCUUGUGGUUUUUUCGGACCACCCGAGGACGCUGCCUCCAAGCACCAGACUCGGCUGAGCAGAACUGCCAGCUCUCUGCUCUCUGACUUGCUGCAGCUGGAUGUGCUGUGGGAUUCUGCUGCGGAGCUCUUAACUCUGCUGUCACAAGUAGCCCGUUGUUCCCCAAAGCCCGCCCGCCUUCAGCUUCACCUGGAGGCGUCAGCGCUGCACCAGGCGCUGACUCACUCUUAUGACCAGAUCAGGGCUGCCACAUGCAGACUUUUGGGGAAUUUGGAUCCGUUCAGGCCUCCUACACUACACAUGCUGCAACCUGACAUUUUCAAAAGUAUGAUAGACUGUCUUCAUGACUCCCACAUGCUGGUCCGCCGAAUAGCUUGCAGGGCAGUCGGGAACUGGUUGGGGCAUAUUGCAGCGGGGGCAGGGUUUAAAACGGGUAGGUCCAAUGGAAAGGGCAGUGACACUACAGGGUGGGGCAAAGGGAAGCGACAAAAUAAACCCACGUGUUCACAAAGGGAGGCAGCAGGAGAUUUGUGUACUAUAGCAGAACAGGAAGUGGACGAUGAGGAGGGGUGCAGGUGGGUAAAGGAGGCCAUGAGGUCAACGGCCAUGCUGGCGACUUUGAUCAGUGACCCCGACGCCCUCACACGGCGUCACUGUUGUGCAGCCCUGGGAAACCUGGUAAAUGUUGAUGGAGCUGUGUCCUUGUUGUUGGAGGAAGACGUGUCUGGCUUACUUUUGAGAGCAGCGUGCACGGAUUCCCAGAAUGCAGUGAGACAAGCUGCCAUAGCAACCCUGUGCCUGUACAGCGAGCAAGACGCGAUCCGUCAGGUGCUGAGGUCCCUUGAUGCCAGUAAGAAACUUCUUGAGGCUUCACAACACGCACCUUCACAGUGUGACUAUCAGCAACUCAUCAGACAGCUGUAAGUGAGACCACUUCACCAGGAAUGAUGGAUUUAAUGCCAUGUGUAAUUAAUUCUCCUUCCUUAUUUUAAUACGUCUUCCUCCUGUCUGAAGCAGUGUGGUAAAGGACUACAGACAGUGAUCAUAUGCCUUUUUAUAUUAUUAUAAGUGUUUUUUUUAUUUAAAAGUGAACUUAACACAUAGAAUAAAGAUGGGUCAAAUA